UCAUCUGGCAUGAAAAGUUAAAGAGCUGCAUUGUCAAACUCCAUGAGCGUAUGGAGAAGUCAGUAGUAGAUUUUAUCAUAUGAUAAUUGAAAUGAUUUCUUUACCUUUUGGGUACCUCGUUAAAGAUUUCAUCUUGAAAUUUUGUUCAAUCCAUUCUGAUGAAACCAUAUGAGAAAAAUCUUUGAGGAAGCAGAAAUUUGGCGAAUUGCAGGCGUUAUAAUACAAGGAUAGUGGAGGAGACGCGUGGUGGAGUGUAGAAUGCUUGGCCAAUCCAGUGUUCAAAUGGCCGGCCAUGUAAGCCGCGUGCAAUCUGACCUCCACUAUGGUGUGCAUUGAAUUCACCAUUACAAAAUCUGAGUUUUCUGUGCAUGCAAGGAAGAAAAACACAUGGGUAGAAGAUGAUGGCAGGAGUACAAAUAGGAUGCUUUGCUAGAAUCUGCCAUUGAUUAGCAGAGUAGAGUUUUUUGCCUGCAUACAAGGGAGCAGGGAGGCCCCAUUCUUGCUUUCUUUUUAAACUGUUGCUUCUGAGAGUACAGACCUCAUAGGAUGCCCGUGCGAGUGUGAUGUACUCAUAGAUACUAGUCUCCUUCCAUGGUUUCCCACCUUUGCAGCACUUUGUUUUUUCUCUGUUCUUAUAGGUUUGGAUCUUUUCAGAGGUUUAGUAGGUUGGUUUGAUCAGAUUGCAGGGUUUUGGUUAUGUGGGUGGUUGAAUGAUUAGGGUUUGUUUGGAUUUUGGAUUGAGUAAAUUUUGGGGAAGGACUCAUGCAUGCGAUUGAAUUAGGAUUGGGCUUAGUGGGUGGUGCUGCGGAAGGGCAGAGAAGGGCACUGGUGCAGAAUCAGAUUAGUGUAGAAAUCAUGGGGAUGGUGGGGUUUAUUGACAUGGACAGAGAGUAGAGUGAUUUGUGAUCUUGAACUGGCAGUUCUGCUCUGUCAGUUUGUUUUGUGGUUGUUGUUGUUGGGUGUGACUGGUAUGACAAACGUUGGAGAUUCGUACUUGAGCUUAGGAAGAUUGCAGAGUUUGAGCGAGGAUGGAGGCGAUGAAAAUGAGAGAGGAUUUAGUAUGUUCGUGAGCUUAAAGAGGCAGAGAGAGCAUGGAGUGAGCCCAGAAAGGGAAAAGGAUUGUCUUGGGAGAGGGGGAGAAGAUGGGGAUUGUGAUGUGAGUGAGAAGAGAUUCUGUGAUUCUGUGAAUAAUAACAACAAUAAUAUCACAGAGAGCUCCAUGGGGGAGGAGAUUGCUCAGCAUGGAGGAGGAUCUAGUGUUGAGAGAUUGGAUCAGGGAAGUGAUGGGGUGACUGAUGAGUCAGGAUCAGGGUCUGAGGCUAAGUUUAAGGCUCCUCUUAGAUUGUUUGGGUAUGAGGUUAAGCAGAUCUGUGAGGGGAGUGCAGAGACAGAGACGGAUACUGAGCAUAGUCAGAUGGUGAGCAAAAAAGUUAAGGUGCAGAAGAUGGAGGAUGAGUCAGGGGAGGUGGAUGUUAUCAAGACCUCCAUUGGCAGCAACUCUUCUGGAUCGGCUCCAGAGAGCAGAAAGUAUGAAUGUCAGUACUGUUGCAGAGAGUUUGCCAAUUCACAGGCCCUGGGAGGUCAUCAGAACGCUCAUAAGAAGGAGAGACAGCAGGCCAAGAGGGCUCAGAUUCAGGCUGGGAGAAGCAGGAGUUGUGGCAGUAAUGCUAGUUUAUAUGGCCUGCAACGUUUUCCUGGCUCUGGGCUUCUCAGUCCCCACUCUUCUCGCAUGUUUGACACAGCCAUGCCCAUCAUUCAACCUAUUCCUGCUGUUUUUGGCUACAAUACCCAACACCCAUCUCUGUUUGGAGGGUCUCCUGCCAUUAAUCCAAGGUCUGCAACUAUCCGUCCUAGUAGCAAUCCAUUGAUUUAUGUUGCUCCACAAUGCCAGGAGUUUGGCUCUGGGUUUUCCUCAAUCAUGUCCUAUACUCCCAACAUCUAUUCCUUCCAGUCUCCAUCCAAUGAUUUGCCAAGCUUCCCAUCACUGCCAUUGCCCUUCCAACCAAGACAGUUAAGUAGCUUGCUUAGCUUUCAACAGCAGGAGGUUGUUGCAGAUGCAGAACAACUUAAACGCAGUAGUAAUAAUAACCACCAUAACUACAAUAAUAAUAAUAAUAAUAAUAAUGCAGGUUUGCAGCUGCAUGAGGCUGAGCAUGGAUUGGAUCUUCAUUUGGGCCUCGGGCCUUCUUCGAAUCAAUAGACUUAUAGCUGGCUUGAUCGUAAUUUUGUAUUGAUCCAUAGUCUAAUAAGGCUUCAGGCCUUCAUCCACUGUCUUAGCACAUAUUCUAUUAUUCUACAUUUAUAGAGUUUCAGCAGCCGGGAAAAUCUAUUUUGUUA